AUGGCUGCCGUUGUGUCUGCCGAAAAUGCGGACGUCGUGGACGGCGCGAACCAUGUCGCCCAUGACGCUGGCAGCUUGGCCAAAGAUAUUGCUCACGACAUUUCGCACGAAACUCGCCCUGCCGUUGAUAAGGCUGGAAGUUGGAUUGAUGGCGCUAUUGACACGGUUGCAGGUGCUGCUACAAACGCAUCACAUGCGACGGGUAAUUGGGCCGAUAGUUCUGUCGACAGCGUGUCGAGCGCUGGUGGAGCAGCGGUCGAUCACGCCGACAAGGCGCUCGAUAGCGCGGCAAGCGGCCUCAGUUCUACAGCCGACAAAGUGACCAAUACAGUGGACGAAGCGGCCAGUGAAGCCGAUGAAAUGGCCAGUGCAGCCGGAGACAAAAUCAAAUCGACGUCAGUAGCUUCGUUCUGCACGGUCUCCGUUGCUGGUGUCGUCGCAGUUGUAGUAGGACUGAUAGCAAACAUUAUGUAA